AUGCUCAAUCUUACUGGUAAGAUCGAGACUAUGGGUGGCCAGAUCGCCAUGCAGGAGAAAGCCAUCGAGGACAAGCUGCUGAGGCUCCAAGAGUUGCAAGAUGGGACCAAUGAGGCUGAGAAGGCGGUGGCGGAGAAGGUCAAGCUGGAUGAGAUGCGUGCUCAGGCAAUGGAAGUUGAUCAGGAGCAGGUGGCCAACGAGGCGAAGGAGAAGGCUCUGGAAGAGGCCAGCGAGGACGCGCUCAAGACGACGCUGGCGUCAGCAGGAGUCACGGCGCCAACUGGCCCGGCGGAGCUGCGUAGUGCUGCCAAGAAGCUUCUCCACUUCAAGCAUCGGGACAAGAUCCAG